UUCUCCCCUACUUGUAAAGGCUUUUGCAUUACUUGGGACAUAAUAUAGCAUUACAGUUAGGGCUUCCUUGCGAGCGUUGAGUGACAGAUUGGGAGUGAGAAAGCAGUAUCAGCAGCCAUGGCGAGCACCAAAGUUCAGAGGAUCAUGACUCAACCCAUCAAUCUGAUUUUCAGGUUUCUUCAAAGCAAAGCUCGCAUUCAGAUUUGGCUUUUUGAGCAGAAGGAUUUGCGCAUUGAAGGCCGUAUUAUUGGCUUUGACGAGUACAUGAACUUGGUUUUGGAUGAGGCUGAAGAAGUUAACGUAAAAAAGAAGAGCAGAAAGACAUUAGGGCGUAUUCUACUAAAAGGGGACAACAUAACUCUGAUGAUGAAUACGGGGAAAUGAUGAGCAAUCAGCAGUAGCAUUUGAAUUGACACAUCAUUGCAUCUCUUCAAUAGUCAAAGAUGUGAAGAAAAUAUCGUGGUGAACUUCAAGUUUUAAUAUUCCUUGUGAUAGGGAAGUUUUGCGAAAACUAAAACAUGCCUAACAUGUUGUUUGUUGGUACUUGGAAUUGCUUUCUGCUUGUACACAUGUCAACCUACCUUGAAACUUUAAUACAUUCAACGUAUGUGCACUUUGUGGUUGAAAAUUUU